UUCCCGUCGGUGAUUCUGUAAAACCUUGAGAAUGCGGUAAAACGAUAAUUUUCACAGACAUUGUUUCAAUCUAAAACGUGUUUUGUAGGGGUAAACGAACUUAAGUUAUGUUUCAGCAAAGUGUUCGGAGUUUUUGUCCGAAAUUCGUCCUCAGAACCCGUACUUCUUUUAGUUUGCGUCCAGGACGUGGACCCUGGCUAACUCCGUUUUCAUUGUGAGCUAAUCACUUUUGAGGUGAAACGACCGUAAGUGCAGGAAUCGCGGACUUCGGGUCAAAUCAGACGUGAAAAGUGCCCCUGUUUUUGUUGCUUAGAAAAAGAAAGGCGGGUUUUAGACUUCCAAACGCGCAUAAAGGGUGCUGUGACGGGCCAUUCCUUGUGCCCCUUGUGAUGUUACUACUUUUCACAAUAGGGCAUGUUUUGUAGUGUCUAAAGAUCUUUGAAAACGUGUUCUUGUUCUUAAUUUAUUUUUGCCAUUUAUAAAUAUAUUUACAACAGAUCAGUGUAUAUAAGGCAAUGAAGCCCAGAACAGCCAGUAAGGCUUAUGUGAAGUCUACCGUAAUCGGCACACAGCGCGGAAACUUUUCUACCGAGCACAAACGCGAAUAAAAGGUAAACAAAGCUAAUAAUGAGCGAAAAAAGCGGGACUUUUUAGCUUUCGCGUAAGUUUCUUUAAUACUCGAAAUUUGCAAAAUAUAUAUACCCCAAAGGUUACGGAAGUUUGCUCACGUCACUGGUUGAAAGAGUGAUUGUCUUUAUUGAAAAGUUGUGUCAACUUGUCACAAAGUUCUUUGUUUUGUUUGCGGAGAUUAAAAUUUCAUUAUAGCUGACAUUUGUCACGCAUCAUGAUACAUAAGAGCGUCGGGUUUGUCCUGAAAGUUCCAUACUUUGUUUUGUCAUCUUUCGUUUUGGUAAUAAGAAAUGUUCAGUUAACAAUCGAAAAACUCAACGGUUUUUCUGUGGAGAAAGUUGUCAAGUACUUGCCCUUUGAAGAGAAUUUCAUGAAGUUGUAUUCCAACCCCGAUGGCAAAACAACGUACGAAGGUGAAAUUUGCCGACGAGACACCAAAUACCGAAGAUUUAGUUUGCCCCGGCUGUCAAAAACGCUUUGUUUCACCUUUACUUUUACCAUGUCUUCACACCUUGUGUAAAAAGUGUAUUGACGCCGAAAGGACUUCACAGAAAAAUGGAAAGCUUUCACGUUGUCCAGUGUGCUCAAGAGUUUUAGAUAUGCGUUGUGAAUUCCCUCUGAACUUUGUGGCAAAUAAUAUGGUGAACAAGGCCGCUGUACAGGAUAAUACGCCUGUAGAUUUCGUUUGCGAUACUUGUGAAGCAUUAGAGGAGAAAGUUACGAUGCGAUGUAGCAAUUGCCACCUGUUUUUGUGUGAAUUUUGUUCCACAGCGCAUCGUAGAAUGAGCGCCACCAAAACACAUACCUUACAGACGGUCGAUCAGUUCAGGGGACAGCUUUUCAAGGGGAAUAAUUUUCAGAGAUCGUCGUUUUGUUCCAUUCACUUAUCCGAACGGUUGUGUUAUCUUUGUCAGACUUGCGAGCAAAUGAUUUGUCGCCAUUGCUCGCUCUCUUCUCACGAGGAACACGAAUGUCGUACUAUUGCGGAGGUCACUAAAACAUUGAAGGUUAACAUGGUGAAUCUUGCAGAGCAGAUUAAGGGAAAACAAAAACACGUCAGCGAGCAGGCAACCGUCAUUAAAGAAGACAUUUUAAAGGUAGAAAAUCAACAGAAGGCGGUUCGUCGCACUAUUGAAGAAUAUUUUCAGAAGUUGAUUGAGGCACUCAAGAAUCGCAUGAGUGAACUUGUAAAUGAGAUUGAGUCACAUUGUACCGCAAAGCUUGAAGCUUUGUUUUCAAAACAAAACGUAUUACAACAGACUGUUCAACACGCAAGCGACUGUUGUCUGCUGGCAGAACGCACUGUGAAGCAAGGAAGUGACGUGGAAAUACUCAGCGUUGGAAAAACCGUUAUUCAGCGUCUCACCUCGCUUGUGGAAGAAAUAGAGCAAAAUUCGGCAAGUCUUCGGCUGGAGAAAGAGGUACACAGCUCUGUUGAAUUCCUUGCAGAGAGCGAUAAAAUUCUGAACGAUAUAAGUCAUUUAGGUCAUGUUAAAGUACAGUCUUCAAGCACGCCAUGCGAGCCUACAUUAUGCAUUUUGUCUCCAGCGAAAGAGCCUCAGCACGUGGUCACGGGAGAAGUUAAUCGAAUGUCUUUGACAGCUGUCAAUCAACAAGGAAAAAGACAGCAACGAGGGGGAGAGAAAGUGAAGCUCUCUUUCUCAUUGGUCAGCUCACGAGUGACGCCCGAAAACGCCGGGUUUAAGUAUGGUUGUCAAGACAACCAGGAUGGAACGUACUCCUUGGCUUACGUCAUUAGUAAGCCGGACACCUACUGGCUGCAUGUGAGUAUAAAUGGCAGUCCUGUGGCGGACAGUCCUGUUACAGUCACAGUACGACCAAGAGAUUGGAUUGGCAGUCAGCUAAUUCUACGAAGCGAAGAUUGCGGCGGUUUUUCGCAUCCGUACAGUGUUAUAGCGGACUCACACGAUCAUUUGUUGGUGGCUGAUUCCCAUAAUCACAGAAUUAAAAUACUUUCUUUAAAAGGAGAAGUGCUCAAGUCGUUUGGUUCUCAGGGAAUAGUGGAAGGACAGUUCAACUUUCCUUACUGCUUAGCGCUUAACCGACGGGGAAAUCUAAUCGUCGUUUCUGACAGUCAAAACCAUCGUGUGCAGAUCAUCACACCUUCGGGGAGACUCAUGAAGAGCUUCGGAGGCUUCGGAGAUGAGGUCGGCAGGUUAAAACACCCACUCGGUGUCGCUGUCGACUCGGAUGACGUCAUCUACGUUGCUGAUUCUGGGAACAGCAGGAUUCAGAUCUUCUCACGCGAGGGGAUCCCCAGGGGGAUGAUUGUGUCCAAGGAAAUGGCAUGUCCCUGGGGGAUAACCAUAAGCAAGGUUGGUCAUAUUGUGGUGACUGACUAUAAUAACCACAGGGUGUGUGUUUUUAACAAGGACGGUUCUUCGGCCCUUCAGUUUGGAUCCCGUGGGGAUGCCGAUGGAUUACUGAACAAUCCCGCGGGGAUCACCGUGGACGACCAGGGGCAAUACGUGGUCGCCGACCGGAGUAACCACAGGGUGCAGAUUUUCCAGGCGAACGGAAUUUUUGCCACCAAGUUUGGUGGAAAAGGACAGGGGGACGGAUUAAUGCUUUUCCCCGCGGGGGUAGCGGUGGACAAGAAAGGUCAUCUGUAUGUUGCAGACACGUUCAACGAUCGCAUUCAGGUUUUUUCAUUAGCGUCAGUUUAGAGGGAAAUCUCUAGACUACUAGUAGUUAAUCUUCCUCUUAGUCCGUCGUACGUGACGCGAAAGAAAACUGCGAGGAAGAAAACGGCAGUUCGAAAUCCUGGGCGGUGGGGAAGGGGCGAGUAGGGCGCGAAUGGAGGGACUACGAACUUUCGCGCCUUUCUCGCACGGUUUGGAUCGACCGACUAAACAAAAGAGGGACUAUUCGUAGUCCUGGAAAUCUCGUGUAAAAGCAUUUUCCUACAAACAUGCGAUUGCCUAGACAACAGAACUAUUAUAUAUGACUUAUUCCGCGAGGUAGAGAGUAGUUAUAAACACACUGAAAAUCCAGUAAUCCAGCUUGUAUAGUCUGUCUUUCCCGCGCCCUUUUGGUACGUACGAACAAUAUUACUGCAAGAACGAGGUUUGGGUGGCGAUUUCAUUCAUUUCUUGUAUCAUCUUGGCCAUCCUGGCCUCGAAUGGCCUGGGCGCCACUGUUCAGUAAACAGGCUUCUGAUA